AGUCUGAUGUUCCUGUGGAUUAAAUUAGACCCAUUUCCCUAAAGGCAGAGCACACUCAUCCAAAGCACAGUAUAAAUGUAUCAAGAAAUGGCAUUGUUGUCUGGGAGGACAGAACUUGAGGUCCCUCAUUUGACUUGCAAGAAAUUUAAGAAUCUACAUGAAGUCCGUGCAAAGAAGGGUGUCUUCUACAAAAAGGCUAGACUUCUUCAUCCCAGGGAGGAUCUGUACUGUAUUGCUCACCGGGAAGACAGGACAACAUACGUAAUUAUCAAUGUAGGGGGAAUCAAAUAUAAGAUUCCCUGGAAAACUCUGGACAACUUUCCUCUCACGCGGUUAGGGAAGCUAAGAUCUUGCAACAAUUAUGAUGAAAUUAUGACUAUUUGUGACGAUUAUGAUGUAAACUGUAAUGAGUUUUUCUUUGACCGUAAUCCAUGUGCCUUCAGAACAAUCAUGACUUUCCUGGCAGCUGGAAAAUUGAGGUUACUCAGGGAGAUGUGUGCGCUGUCCUUUCAGGAGGAGCUGCUAUACUGGGGUAUCGAGCAGGACAACCUGGAGUGGUGCUGCCUACGGAAGCUUCAGCAAAGGCUGGAGGAAAUGGAGGAAGAGAACAGAGAUGAACAAGACAGCAGUACAACUAAGGAUGAAUCACAGAGUGCCUUACAGGAUGACAGUCGUCUUGGUCAGUGCAUGACAAAUCUCAGGGACAUGGUAGAAAACCCUCACUCUGGGAUCCCUGGGAAGAUUUUUGCCUUUCUCUCGGUCUCCUUUGUGGCCAUAACUGCUGUUAGCCUUUGUAUCAGCACUAUGCCUGACUUAAGAGAAGAGGAAGACAGAGGUGAGUGUUCUCAGAAGUGCCACAAUAUAUUUGUGUUAGAAACGAUUUGUGUGGCAUGGUUCUCACUGGAGUUUCUUUUGCGCUUCAUUCAAUCUCAGAGUAAGUGCAUGUUCCUGAGAACUCCUCUGAAUAUCAUUGACAUGAUGGCCAUUUUGCCUUACUAUAUCACCUUGAUUGUGGAUUCAUUCUCAGUAGAGAAACAUGGUGGAGGUGGCAACAACUACCUGGAAAAGGUGGGUCUUGUUUUACGAGUUCUUCGUGCUCUCAGAAUUUUGUAUGUCAUGAGGCUGGCUCGCCACUCUCUAGGACUGCAGACAUUGGGCAUCACUGUUCGAAGAUGUACUAGAGAGUUUGGCCUCCUCCUUCUCUUUCUUUGUGUAGCCAUGGCACUUUUUUCACCACUUGUCUAUCUGGCUGAAAGUGAGCUGGGCGCAGAGCAGGAAUUUACCAGCAUUCCUGACUGUUAUUGGUGGGCAGUGAUCUCCAUGACAACUGUGGGCUAUGGAGACAUGGUUCCACGUAGUAUUCCUGGACAGGUGGUUGCUCUGAGUAGCAUUCUCAGUGGCAUUCUGCUCAUGGCAUUCCCAGUUACUUCAAUAUUUCAUACAUUUUCUCGAUCAUAUGUGGAACUAAAGGAGGAACAGCAGAGAGCAGCAAGGCAGAAAAGACAGCUGAAAGACAAAUCAUCAAACAGUGAUUCCUCCCAGGACACAGACAGCUCAUUUCCUGUAGUCAUUGAUAAAGGAGUGGGCUGACAAGAGGCUGAAGAUUACCAAUUUACUGUAAAAGUCUCCUUUACAAACUGAUCUGUAGUUCAAUAUCUAAUGAUGGGCAGGUAAUUGCCAUUAUCUCUCUGGUAAGCCAACCAAAACCAGCCAUAUGAAUAAAAAUAGCCAGUUAUUACUCUCUUGCUGGCAAAUGACUUAUAGAACACCUACUAGUAAUUAAUCGUUUUUUUGAGGCAUAACAUCAUGCUUUAUAAACUGUGUAGUACCAAAAUUUGCAGAUGUCAAUUGUAUAUUAUUUUUAAGAAUAUCUGAUUAACAUAAUAAAUGAACACACAUUACAUGCAGGUAAAUGAAAUCACUGGAUGAUUCUAGAAUAAUUAUUAUUUUUAAUGGCACUAGAAAGCAAGUUUUGCAGUGUCUGUCUGCUAUAUCAGGCACCAUGAGUUUAGAAAACUUAGUUAUAGCCAUCAUUUUAAGAAUGUAUUAAACAGGUUAAGUGUUAAAUGGAUAUGCUGGCUUCUCUUUGAAGGAAGCUUUUUUUAUCUUCUAGACCACUUAAGUAAGCCAGUCAUUGUACUCCAGUCUUACAACUCUCAUUUGUUCCUUCAGAAGCUGCAACUGCCGCUGCACACUGGAAAAAGUACUACCCCAUAGGCCAUACACCAUUCUGCACUCUAGUAAUAAGCAACCCUGUUUUUCUCAAUGCUUUGAGACAAAGGGAUUCAUAAGUAACAGAUACAGUGGCACAACAAUUAAAGCAUGUGUGCAUGCGCGUGCGUGUGUGUGUCUGUGUGCUAGAGUAUGUGCAUAAUUUGCAUGUGUGAGAGUGUGUGUGUGUGCAUGUCUGUGUGUGUGUGUCUAUGUGUGUGUGUGGGGGUGGGGUCACUCACUGUGGUUUGUUCAGUAUGUAUCUCAGUGAGAUAUUCUAUCUAUCCUAAAAAGCUGUGUGUAAAGAAUUCAGCUAUUCUGUUAAUUAAUGAAAUCUUUUCAAAAGGCAACUUGUACUAAACAGGUACCCAUCAAGGAACUAUGUCAGCUGAGCUGAGGAUUCCUGAAAUCCUGCUUGCACUAUAGAAUUUACAAUCCAUAUGGGGGCCUUGAUUUCUAAGACAAUGUGAGCAUUAUUUAAACACCUGUUAACCUAAUGACUAAGCCAGCUAUUUAGUACAGUUGCCUUGUAGGUAAACAGGUUUAAGGACAUAAUGCUUCUUAAACAAAUGUAAAUUGUUUUUUAAGUAUAUUAAGAAUAAAUGACAAAACAGGUUGUCAUUUUAAUGCAUAUCCUUUAGCAAACAUUUUACAUCAGGAUUAGACAUCAAAAGCUCAUUUUUUUCAAACUCCCUCCAGGUAAUAAAUGAAUGAUUAAAAGGCUCAGGUCACAUGUAGUAUCACAGAGAGACUGAUCAGUUUUGGAGUCAAGCUGUUUCUGAAGUGCUUAAUGGAAAGCAACUUGUUUUUCAGCUUCUUUCUACAUUUGCAGUUUCUGGCUUGGUUAUAAGUAGCGCCGUUCAAAUAUUAGGGUAUCAAAAAAACAGCACAGUUCAAAAUUAAAUACCAAUUAAAAAGUAAAUAUAUAUUUUUAAGAAGUCUUUCUUGCUGCCUUUUUAUGCUGUUAAGAGUUGUUGCUGAAGACGCAGCCAGUAAUGUUUCUCAUUUAGCUGAAUAUACAAAUGCUGCAGAAAUAGCAUUCUUUUUUUUAAGGAAAGACAUCACUUCUAAAAAGCAGUUAUUGAAAAAAAUGCAAGAGGAAGUAGUUUAGUGUGAAAGUACAUACUUAGUAGGGUAGCUAUUCAUGUUCAUUUUGCACACACCAGUCAUUCUCUAAUGUAAUCUGGAUCCACGUUUUGCCACAAGUUGAUAGUUCUCAGUGACAUAUUCUAUUUAGUGGCAGCAAGCUGGUGCAUGUCUUCAAACAGAUAAUGUGGAAUAUUAACCAGUAUAAUCAAUACGAAUUAAUAAAAACAUAAUGGUACCAUCAUUACAUUAAGGCUAAAAAUGUGAUAAGGCAGUUUUGUAGUAACUGCUUCUAAUUUAGCAGUGUCCUGUUUCUCCACUAACUAUUUUUUCAGAUUAGAAAUUAUACUUUUAACAAAGCCUUUGAGAAUAAUAUCUAAUAGUGAAAACAAGGUCUAUCUUGACACUGAAAAGUAGGAAUGCUGUUCAGUGCAAAGUGUACCUUUUUAUCAACUGCUUUUAAGCUGCACAUUUUUGUGUCAAAGCACUGCAAUUUUCUUUUUCUACAUUGUUUUAUUAGUUCACAUUUUUAAAUGUUAUUUUGUAUGACAUUUUAGCACUUUUGUACUAUUUUCAACUGCUGGUAUCAGUGUUGCACAAUUUUUCUGUACUGUGAGUUUAAUCUUUUGAAAGCUAUGCUCUAAUUAGUUCAGUAUUCCACUGUGAUGUAAUAAAUUAAAGAACUCAUGCUAUUUUAAAGUUGCAGAUAUUGAAAUUGUUUUGUCAUGUUAUUUCCUCUAGUAUUGUAUUAUGAGAAAUAUCAUUUUAAGUGAAAUAAAAAUGGCGUAUAAUG